AUGGAGCACCUGGGCCCGCAUCACCUCCACCCGGGCCACGCGGAACCCAUUAGCUUCGGCAUUGACCAGAUCCUCAACAGCCCGGACCAGGGUGGCUGCAUGGGGCCCGCCUCGCGACUCCAGGACGGAGAAUACGGCCUUGGCUGUUUGGUCGGAGGCGCUUACGCUUACGGCGGCGGCGGGGGCCCAGCGGCCGGUGCAGGGGCCGGGGCCGUGGGGGCCUACGCGCUGAGCGCCGCAGGAGUGAUCCGGGUGCCCGCACACAGGCCGCUCGCCGGAGCCGUGGCCCAUCCCCAGCCCCUGGCCACCGGCUUGCCCACCGUGCCCUCCGUACCCGCCAUGCCGGGCGUCAACAACCUCACCGGCCUCACCUUCCCCUGGAUGGAGAGUAACCGCAGAUACACAAAGGACAGGUUCACAGGUCACCCCUAUCAGAAUCGGACGCCCCCCAAGAAGAAGAAGCCGCGCACGUCCUUUACGCGCCUGCAGAUCUGCGAACUGGAGAAGCGCUUCCACCGCCAGAAGUACCUGGCCUCGGCCGAGCGCGCAGCCCUGGCCAAGGCGCUCAAAAUGACCGACGCGCAGGUCAAAACCUGGUUCCAGAACCGGCGGACGAAGUGGAGGCGGCAGACGGCAGAGGAGCGUGAGGCCGAGAGGCAGCAGGCGAACCGCAUCCUCCUGCAGCUGCAGCAGGAGGCCUUCCAGAAGAGCCUGGCGCAGCCGCUGCCCGCCGACCCGCUGUGCGUGCACAACUCGUCGCUCUUCGCCCUGCAGAACCUGCAGCCGUGGUCUGAUGACUCGACCAAGAUCACCAGCGUCACUUCCGUGGCGUCGGCCUGCGAGUGA